AUGAGCUAUUCAUAUUCGCAUAGUACCGCCGCUGAUCCCUAUCGUCCGGCCCGACGAGGCACUCCCGUGGAAGCUUCGAAUGUUUCGGGACAUUGGCGUCAGUUGCUGCCGUCAUGGGCAAGACAGUGGGCAUCGGAUCUACAGGAGGAGAUGAGUAGCAGGAAUGGAGUGUGGUCGUUGCUCAAGAGGGUCGUGAGACACAUUUUUACAGUCUCAAAUGCUCUGAUUCUCUUCUGGAUUUACACACUAUGGUGGGGCGAACGGACUGUCUUCCAGGACAGUGUGAAGGCGUGCGGCUGGGGCAAUUGGGAGAAAUGGUCUCAAGACGCAACGCCACAUCACGUCGCCUUUAUCGCCGACCCGCAAUUAGUCGAUCCUCACACCUACCCCGGUCGGCCAUGGCCUCUUUCGACCUUGACCGUCAAAUUCACCGACCAGUAUCUUCGGCGGUCCUUUUCGUCUAUACAGAAUGAACUAGGCCCGGACUCGGUGCUGUUCUUGGGUGACCUUUUCGACGGUGGUAGGGAAUGGGCCACGGCAUCCAGCUCCAGCCCAGAGAAGCGUUACAAGAAGUACAACGAUCGGUUCUGGAAGAAGGAGUUCCAUCGAUUUGUGAGAAUCUUCGUUGAUACAUGGAAUGAGGGCGAUGAACACACAGCGGACCCAAUUGGGCGGCGGAUGAUCACUGGUUUGCCCGGGAAUCACGAUCUGGGGUUUGGCUCCGGAGUUCAGAUCCCGGUUCGCGAUCGGUUUCGAAGCUUCUUCGGCAAGAGUAACCGCGUGGACGUGAUCGGGAACCAUACCAUUGUUUCGGUCGAUACCGUGUCGCUGAGCGCCAUGGAUCAGCCUGACCCGGAGACAGGCAGCUCGGGCACGGGCUCCGGCGAUGGAGAGCAGCCAAACGAACACAUUUGGAAGGAAACCCAGGACUUCCUUGACCACAUGGGCGCGCAUCGGGGUAGAGCGGAGAUGGAGGCAUUGCGCAUGCUGGGGAAUAAGACUGAAGGGCGUCUCUUUCAGCAUCGGGCUGUUGACGUUCUGGAACCGUCAGUCUAUUACCAGCCCCAGCCCGAGGUUACGGGGUUUCCCACAAUCCUUCUUUCGCAUGUCCCGCUGUAUCGCCGGCCGGCCACGCCGUGCGGACCUUACCGCGAACGCCAUCCCCCGAGUGGUGAAGACCUAGAGGAGGAUGAACCGAACGCCAUUUCCAUGGGACGGGGCUACCAGUAUCAGAAUGUCCUGACCCCGGCCAUCUCCCGGGAUAUCGUAUCGAAGGUGGGGCCAAACUUGGUCCAAAUGUACUCGGGGGACGACCACGACUACUGCGAGAUUUCUCACCAUGAGUUCAGCGGAUCUCCCAAGGAGAUUACAGUAAAGAGCCUAUCCUGGGCCAUGGGGAUCCGGCAACCGGGGUUUGUACUCACCAGCCUGUGGAAUCCUAUCGACCAGGUCACUGGGCAGUCUAUUGGAACCUCCAAUGCCGGUCGUACUCUCCAGAACCAUCUGUGUCUUCUCCCCGACCAAUUAUCCAUCUUCAUCUAUUACGGGCUGAUAUUUGGCCUCACCCUUUGUGCCCUGCUUGUCCGCGCCACGAUCAUUGUACAAUACCCUUCAUCCCGGGCUGGUCCCACCGAUCCCAUCCUCCCCUUGUCGGAGCAUCGCUCGGCUCCACCGUCGCGCCCGGCCCGAUACAAGACUCCCUCUUCCAGUACGUCUAGUUCCACGUUUCCGUCGCCGCGCGGGCUGGCCAGCCGUGCGGUGAAUGCACCUCCCCUGUACGCUACUUACGCGAGCGCAGAUGAGGAUGACGCCGAGAGCUCCAAGUGGAAGCCAACGCGCGGCGGCCCACGGCGCCCGGGGGGUGAGUCGAAGCCGGCGCAGAUUAAGGAAGAAUUCCUUGCGUCGGUUGUGGGGGUGGCCAAAAUCGUGCUUUGUUGGUACUUGUUUCUCAUCUGGCGAUGGUAG